CGUGGCAGAGGUGCGUUGCAUUAUGCAGCGAUGGGGCCCGAGCCAUGAGUGGCAGCAAGACUGGACUGUUUGCGCAUGUAAGGAGGGUGGCUCCGGGGGUAAUUUGGACACACUGCCUGAUUCAUAGAGAGGCUCUCGCCUCCAAAGAUCUCAGUGUUGAGCUCAGUGGUGUGUUUGAUGUCGUUGUCAAGACGGUCAACUUCAUAAAACGAAACGCAUUGAAUACACGCCUGUUUUCAUCCCUAUGCCAUGACUUGGGAAGUGAACACAGCUCUCUCCUUUAUCAUUCAGAGGUGCGUUGGCUGUCUCGCGGCGCUGUGCUCGCCCGUGUGUUUGAACUACGCGGAGCUAUCUACGAGUUCUUGUGCGAGAAGCAUUCUGAUCUGGCUUCCAAUUUCAACGAUAGUUACUGGUUAACUAAGCUGGCGUACCUCACAGAUGUUUUUGCAGAGCUGAACAAGUUGAACAGCUCCAUGCAAGGGAGAGAUGCAAACGUCAUGCAGCUCUACGAGAAGCUCGACGCAUUUGUGAAAAAAAUGUCAAAGUGGAUCGAACGAGUGGAGAGCAAUAACUUGGCGAUGUUUCCUUCAGUUGAGGAAUACCCUGACAGCACUGACAUCAACGACACUAUAUGUGAGCAUUUGAGGAAGCUUGUGCGUCAAUUCGCAAAGUACUUCACUGAUUCGGAAGAGUGGCGCCGUGACAGCAAGUGGAUCCUGCUCCCAUUCAGUGACGAUGCAUCAGUAGGGUCAAGUCUGACGGCUGUGGAAGAGGAUAAGCUGAUUGAGAUGUCCACAGACUCUGUCAGGAGGCAUAUGUACGACACACAGCCCCUUGUUAAAUUCUGGAUAAGUUGCCAGACAGAAUUUCCACAGCUUGCUGCAAAAGCAAUGAGGUGUCUUUUGCCCUUUCCAACCACAUACCUGUGUGAGAGUGGUUUUUCUACACUGGCGUACUUAAAGAAUAAGUACAGGGCUAGGCUUGAUCCAGAGAAUGACAUGAGACUGUCUCUGUCUACCAUUUCGCCACGAAUAGACAGGCUGUGUGGACUUCACCACGCCCAGAUAUCACACUGACAGCAGGUGAUUGGUGACAGGUCUGUCCUGGCUGGGUUAUAAAAGCCCUGACCAGCCAGCAGUUGAGGCUGCCUUGGUCUUCAUUUGUUGGAUUUUGGUUCUCCGGUGUUGUUGGAUUUUUGUUCUCCGUUGUUGUUUUGUCACACACCUAGACUGACUUUGCAUGACAUUUUUAGUUACUUUUCCCAAUACUGAAUUGCACAACACUUUAUUAUUCUUUAUUCUUUCUUUAAAAUAAUCUUUAAUUUAAUUUAAUUUAAUAAAUCUACUUUUAUUAUUAUAAAAUCUGCGUGGCCUCUCUUUCAUGUUUCAUGCAUUGAGCUAUGCAUGUAACACCAAAUACACACGCGCACGCGCAGGCACAUCAGUGGGCCGCGGAUUGCUUUCUAGUCCGAAUGGUGGUCCCUGGGACAAAACCAGUUGAAAACCCCUG